CAGGAGGAGGACGCCACGUCCCAUCCCAUGAGGGAGCAUGACGGACCGGACCGCCCCGGGCUGCCGCCUCAGACUGGACUGGGUCUACGGGUACCGGGGCCACCAGUGCCGGAACAACCUGUUCUACACAGCAGGGAAGGAGGUGGUGUACUUUGUGGCUGGGGUGGGGGUGGUCUACAACACCAGGGAGCACAGCCAGAGGUUCUACCUGGGCCACAACGAUGACAUCAUCAGCCUGGCGCUGCACCCAGAGCGCUCCCUGGUGGCGACGGGUCAGGUGGGGAAGGAUCCCUAUGUGUGUGUGUGGGACUCCUUCACCGUGCAAACCGUCUCCCUUCUGCGGGAUGGACACACACACGGCAUCGCCUGCCUCGCCUUUAGCGCCGACGGACAGAGGUUGGCUUCGGUCGGUUUGGACGCAAAGAACACGGUUUGUAUCUGGGAGUGGAAGAAAGGGAGGAUCCUGGCCACGGCCACCGGACACUCAGACCGGAUCUUUGACAUCUGCUGGGACCCGUUUCAACAGAACCGGCUGGUGAGCUGCGGCGUCAAACACAUCAAGUUCUGGUCCCUCUGUGGAAACGCCCUCAGUCCAAAGAGGGGGAUUUUUGGGAAGACGGGCGACUUGCAGACCAUCCUGUGCGUGGCGUCGGCUAAAGAUGACCUCACGUACUCCGGCGCGCUCAACGGAGACGUUUACGUGUGGAAAGGACUGGGCCUGAUGCGAACGGUUCAGGCGGCGCAUGGGGCUGGGAUCUUCAGCAUGUUCUCCUGUGAGGAAGGUUUCGCCACGGGAGGAAGAGACGGCUGCGUCCGUCUUUGGGACGUCGACUUCAAACCGAUCACUAAAAUCGACCUGCGGGAGGCGGAGCAGGGAUACAAAGGUACGGUGAUGGUGCGAGAGCGCGACAAGCCGCUGCUCAUCAUGCAGGGUCACAGUGAGGGAGAACUCUGGGCGCUGGAUGUUCAUCCCAAAAAGCCUCUGGCUGUGACCGGCAGCGACGAUCGCUCCGUCAGAUUGUGGAGUCUGGUCGACCAUGCCCUCAUCGCCCGCUGCAACAUGGAGGAGGCGGUCCGCAGCGUGGCGUUCAGCCUGGAUGGAUCCCAGCUGGCUCUGGGUAUGAAGGACGGAUCCUUCACCGUCCUGAGAGUCAGAGACAUGACGGAGGUCGUCCAUAUCAAGGACAGGAAGGAGGUGAUCCAUGAGAUGAAGUUCUCUCCAGAUGGAUCGUAUCUCGCUGUCGGCUCCAAUGAUGGACUGGUGGAUAUCUACGCAGUCGCUCAGAGAUACAAGAAGGUGGGAGAAUGCAGUAAGUCCAGCAGCUUCAUCACACACCUGGACUGGUCUGUGGACGGUAAAAUCCUGCAGAGCAACGACGGAGCAGGAAAGCGCCUCUUCUACUGGAUGCCCAUGGGGAAACCAAUCAUCAACAAAGAGGAGGUGAAAGGUCAGCGCUGGGCCUCGUGGAGCAGCGUCCUGGGGUCUGAGGUCAGCGGAAUUUGGCCAAAGUACUCAGACUCCAUCACGAUUAACGCCGUGGACGCCAACCUGAGCGCUGCUGUGCUAGUCACAGGAGAUGACCUCGGUCUGGUGAAACUCUACCGCUUUCCAUGCCUCCGGAAAGGAGCCAAAUUCAAGAAGUACAUCGGUCACUCGGCCCACGUCACCAACGUCCGCUGGUCCAACGAUCUGCAGUGUGUCCUCACCACAGGAGGCGCCGACCACGCCCUCUUCCAGUGGAGGUUUCUACCUGAGGAGGUGAUGAAUGGAGGCCUGGAUCUAAACAUACAAGAGGGUCAUGGAGACUCCAAUAGUGAGGAGUCAGACAGUGAUGUCUCUGACGUCCCGGAGCUGGACUCUGACAUCGAGCAGGAGACACAGAUCAACUACGAGCGACAGGUCUAUAAGGAGGACCUGCUUCAGCUGCGGCAGCAGAGCAGAGAGAAGAAGCAGCAGGUGGGAUCUCUGAAGAGGCAGAAAGGACCGGAUCAGGGCCUCCGGCUGCAGUUUGUUCACGGAUAUCGAGGUUUCGACUGCAGGAACAACCUGUUCUACACCCAGAGCGGCGAGGUGGUGUACCAUGUGGCGGCGGUGGGUGUGGUUUACAACCGGCAGCUGCACAGCCAGCGUUUCUACCUGGGCCAUGAUGACGACAUCCUGAGCCUGAGCAUCCACCCGCUGAAGGACUACGCUGCAACAGGACAGGUGGGCAGAGACCCAGCCGUCCACGUUUGGGACGUCCAGACCCUGAAGUGUCUGUCGCUGCUUAGGGGUCACCAUCACAGAGGCGUGUGUGCGCUGGACUUCUCAGCUGAUGGAAAGAGUCUGGUUUCCGUCGGAGUGGAUGACGGACAUUCCAUCGUCGUUUGGGACUGGAAGCGAGGAGAGAAACUGGCUACGGCUCGCAUUCAGCAGAAACUACCAUCUGUUCAGGUUCCAUUUACGUUCUCCCUCCACUGUACGGCAGGCGGGGGCCUGACCUUCAGGCGUGGUGCGUUCAGGGGCAUGGGCCGUCCAGAGACCAUGAUGUCAGUGUGCUACGGGCGCACCGAGGCGCUGGUGUUCUCUGGAGCCGCCACCGGAGACGUUUACAUCUGGAAGGAGCCGGUGCUGCUGAAGACGGUGAAAGCUCAUGACGGGCCGGUGUUCGCCAUGUUGUCCCUGGACAAGGGUUUUGUGACGGGAGGGAAGGAUGGAGUGGUGGAGCUGUGGGACGACAUGUUUGACCGCUGCCUGAAAACCUACGCCAUCAAGAGGACGGCUCUGUCCGCAGGGUCUAAAGGCCUUCUGCUGGAGGACAACCCGUCCAUCAGAGCCAUCAGUCUGGGUCACGGUCACAUCCUGGUGGGAACCAAAAACGGAGAAGUUCUGGAGAUAGACAAGACCGGACCCAUGACCCUGCUGGUGCAGGGUCACAUGGAAGGAGAGGUGUGGGGUCUGGCCGCCCAUCCUCUCCUUCCCGUCUGUGUCACCGUCAGCGACGAUAAAACCCUCCGUCUGUGGGAGACGUCAGCCAAUCACCGCAUGGUGGCCGUCCGGAAGCUGAAGAGAGGCGGCCGCUGCUGCUCCUUCUCUCCUGAUGGGAAAGCGUUGGCGGUGGGACUCAGCGACGGCGGCGUCCUGGUGGUGAACGCAGACACGCUGGAGGACCUGCUGAGCUUCCACCAUCGCAAAGACGCUAUUUCUGACAUCCGCUUCAGCCCAGAUCCAGGGAAAUACCUGGCGGUGGCGUCACAUGACAGCUUUGUUGACAUCUACAACACGUUGAGCACCAAGAGGUUGGGGAUCUGUAAAGGAGCGUCCAGUUACAUCACGCACAUGGACUGGGACGCCCGAGGUAAACUGCUGCAGGUCAACACCGGAGCAAAGGAGCAGCUUUUCUUCGAAGCCCCGAGAGGAAGAAGACAAACCAUCCAGAACUCUGAGCUGGAGCGGAUCGAGUGGUCCAGUUGGACCUCUGUACUGGGAUCCAGUUGUGAGGGAAUCUGGCCAACUCACAGUGACAUCACUGAGAUCAACGCAGCAUCGCUCACUAGAGACCGAACGCUGCUCGCCACCGGAGACGACUUUGGAUUCCUGAAACUGUUCAGCUACCCUGUCAGAGGUCAGUACGCCCGAUUUAAACGGUACGUGGGGCACAGUGCCCAGGUGACCAAUGUCCGCUGGGCGCAGGAUGACUCGGCCCUUCUGACGGUGGGUGGAGCCGAUACGGCUCUGAUGAUCUGGGCCCGGGAGCGAGGAGGCGGAGUCAACAGAGAGCUGGAUCCACCACCAGUGGCGGACAGCGAGGAGUCAGAGGAUGACAUCGAGGAGGAUGGAGGUUAUGACAGUGAUGUAGCCAGAGAGAAGACGGUGGAUUACGUCACUAAGAUGUACGCCGUCAGCAUCCGAGAGAUGAGAGGAACCAAACCUCACCAGCAGCAGAAGGAGCUGUCUCCUGAGGAAAGGCCUCCUGUGAGUCGAGCAGCUCCACAGCCUGAGAAACUUCAGAGGAACAAUGUGUCCAAGAAAAAGAGAUCAGUGGAGGACCUGGUUUUGGAACACGUGUUUGGUUUCAGAGGCUUCGAUUGUCGUAAUAACUUGCACUACCUCAACGACGGCUCUGAUAUUGUCUAUCACACUGCUGCCACUGCCAUCGUCCACAGUCUCAGCAAUGGAACUCAGAGUUUCUACCUUGAACACACAGAUGACAUCCUCUGUCUGACCGUCAACCAGCAUCCAAAAUACAAAAACGUCAUCGCAACCGGCCAGAUGGGUACCAAUCCCUCUAUCCAUGUGUGGGACGCCAUGAGCAAACAGACUCUGUCUGUCCUCCGCUCCUCCCACGCCAAAGGAGUCGGCUACUUGAACUUCAGCGCCACGGGGAAGCUGCUGCUGUCUGUCGGUGUCGAACCUGAACACACCAUCACUGUGUGGCGUUGGCAGGAAGGAUCCAGGGUUUGCAGCAAAGCCGGACAUCCUGACCGGAUCUUUGUGGUGGAAUUCAGGCCCGACUCCGACACUCAGUUUGUUUCUGUGGGAAUCAAACAUGUGAAGUUCUGGACUCUGGCUGGAGGUGCUCUGAUGUACAAGAAAGGAGUGGUGGGGACGGUGAAGGACGGCAGGAUGCAGACCAUGCUCUCUGUGGCCUUUGGUGCCAACAACCUGACGUUUACCGGCGCCAUCAACGGGGACGUGUACGUGUGGCGAGAUCACUUCCUGCUGAGAGUGGUGGCGAAGGCUCACACGGGGCCGGUGUUCACCAUGUACACCACGCUGAGGGACGGGCUCAUCGUCACCGGUGGGAAGGAGCGGCCGACCAAAGAGGGCGGAGCGGUGAAGCUGUGGGAUCAGGAGAUGAAGCGCUGUCGGGCCUUCCAGCUGGAGACGGGUCAGCAGGUGGAGUGUGUCCGAUCCGUCUGCAGAGGAAAGGGAAAGAUCCUGGUGGGGACGAAGGAUGGGGAGAUCAUCGAGGUCGGGGAGAAGAACUCAGCGUGCAACCUGCUGCUGGACAGCCACGCCCGGGGAGGGAUCUGGGGUCUGGCUGCUCAUCCGAUCAAAGAGCUCUGCAUCACCGCCAGCGACGACGCCACCAUCAGGCUCUGGGACCUCAGUGACAAGAAACUCCUGAACAAAGUGUGCGUUGGCCAUGCCGCUCGCUGUGUGAGCUACAGCUCAGAUGGAGAGAUGCUGGCGGUCGGGAUGAAGAACGGAGAGUUCCUCAUCCUCCUCUCCAACUCCCUUAAGAUCUGGGCAAAGAAGCGAGACCGCAGCGCCAGCCUGCAGGACAUCCGCUUCAGCCCUGACCGCCGGUUGUUGGCUGUGGGGUCAGUGGAGAACACGGUGGACGUGUACGACAUGAGCGCCGGGCCGACCGUGAGCCGGCUGGUGUACUGCAGCGAUAUUCCUGCUUUUGUCCUGCAGCUGGACUUCUCUGCAGAUAGUUCCUACAUUCAGGUUUGA